GCUUCCGCCUGAAGAUCCGGGGCACGGCGCGAGUGCGGCGGGGCCCGGAGUGCGGCGGGGCCGGCGCGUCCGGAGCGGCUGCAGCGCCGAGCGGGACCGGGGAAGGCCGCGGGGCCGGGGCACCGCUUCGCCCCACGGAGCCGCUUGCCCUAGUGCGGCUGGUCAAGGCCAGGAGAUGUCGACCCCCCCUCUGGCCGGGGCAGGGAUGCCGCCGGGCGCUUUCUCCGGGACGCAAGCUCAGGCUGCCAGGGAGGUGAACACGGCGUCCCUCUGCCGCAUCGGCCAGGAGACCGUGCAGGACAUUGUCUUUCGAACCAUGGAAAUCUUCCAGUUACUGAGGAACAUGCAGUUACCAAAUGGUGUUACUUAUCAUACUGCAACAUAUCAAGACAGACUGGCAAAGCUGCAGGAACAUCUCCGUCAGCUAUCAAUACUCUUCAGAAAACUGAGAUUAGUCUAUGACAAAUGUAAUGAAAACUGUGCUGGGCUUGAUCCUGUUCCCAUAGAACAACUUAUUCCAUAUGUUGAAGAAGAUGGCUCCAAGCAUGAUGAUCGUGGUGCUGCAAGUCAGCUUCGUUUUGCUAGUGAAGAGAGAAGGGAAAUCAUGGAAGUUAAUAAGAAACUGAAACAGAAGAAUCAGCAGCUGAAGCAGAUCAUGGAUCAGUUACGAAAUCUUAUUUGGGACAUAAAUGCCAUGUUGGCAAUGAGGAACUGAAAAAGGAAAGUCAGUCUUUGUAACUGAAGAAGAUGCAAGUCUGUUUGGAUAUACUUAACUUUCUUCUAAGAAGUAACUUGUUUUUUCACAAUUAUAUUGCAGUAAUGUUUGAAAAGUGUCAAAGAUUAAAAUGUUGGGUUGUUUUCUAGUAAUGUAAAUGGGUUUGGGUUUGUUUUUAUAGAAGAUUAUUCAUAUAAGUUUUACCUCUGUAAUUCUGCUGUACAGCCUUAGUAAUUUACAGUAGUAGUUUGGAUUGCUAUGCAGAUAAGAGGUAUUAUAAAUUAAGUGUUUCUGGAUUUUCUUUAUAAUACAAUUAAAAAUUAUAAAAUCAUGUGUUUAUAUGCAGUUUAUUCUGCAGUGCAAAUAGCCUCUACAGAGAGGAAAAGUUGCAAGACAGGAGACUUACUCCAGAAAACUAGAGGGCUGAAAGCAACAAUCAGAUACUGAAAUUCAUUCUGCAGUAUUUUUUAUAUUAUCUGCAGUGCAGAGCACAGCAGGACAAUCCCCUGCUUACCUGGCUGGCAAUGCUGGCCUGAUGCCCCCCCAGGACAGGGUUGGCCCCCCUGGCUGCCAGGGCACUGCUGGCUCAUGUUCAGCUUGCCAUGGACCAGGACCCUCAGGUUCCUCUCCACAGCUCUGCGCUCCAGCCUCUGAUUUUCCAGUCUGUACACACAGCCAGGGCUGCCCCAUCCCAGGUGCACAAUCCAGCACUUGCCCCUGUUAAACUUCACACAGUUGGAGAUUGCCCAGUCCUUUAAUUUGUGGAGGUCUCUCUGCAGGGCCUUUCUGACCCCAAGGGGGUUGACAGCUCCUCCCAAUUCAGUGUCAUCCACAAACUUACUUAGUAUUCCUUCUAGUCCUGUGUUGAAAAGCACAGGGUCAAGGAUGGAGCCCUGCAGAACCCCACUAGUGACAGUCACCAGUCUGAUGUGCCCCAUUCACUGUAACACUUUGUGCCCAACCCAUCAGCCAGUUGCUUACCUGUCAUGUGACUCAGUUAUCCAGCUGUGUGCUGGACAUUUGGUCCAGAAGGCUUCUGUGAGAGACAGUAUCCAAAGGCUUUGCUGAAGUUGGAAAACAUCUGCUGGCUUUCCUAGAUCACCUGGGUGGGUUUCCCUGUUGUAGAAGGAAAUCAGGUUCAUCAAGCAGGAUUUCCUCCUCAUGAAGCCAUGCUGGCUCUGAACAACUGUGACUGGUGGUGUAUUUCUAUAUUUAUGUAUGGUUGGAAUACUUUGGCUUUGUUUAUCAGAAUGCACUGAAUAAAGACCUCACUAAUAUUUUCCCUGUGACUAUCAGUCGGAGUAAACUUUGGAGUAUGUGAGCCAUUCAUUAUUUUGAGGUAAUCAUAAACCUUCAUCUUUCUUUGCUCUAACUUUGUUACUUCUCAAAAUUUUCAUUUGCCCCGAAAAUAAACUUGAAAAUUUUUGUUAUCCACA